GACCUCGCCCCUCCCCUGUCAACGGACACGGCGUCGCCCCUCCCCCGUCAGGUCUCUGGAUGGCAGACUCUGAAAAGAAAUGCUGUUUUAAGAGACACCAAAGAUGCUAACAAGAAAGAUUAAACUUUGGGACAUUAAUGCCCAUAUAACCUGUCGUCUGUGCAGUGGAUACCUGAUUGAUGCUACUACUGUAACAGAAUGCUUACAUACUUUCUGUAGAAGCUGCCUAGUGAAAUAUUUGGAGGAAAACAACACUUGUCCGACCUGUAGAAUUGUUAUACAUCAGAGCCACCCAUUACAGUAUAUUGGUCAUGACAGAACAAUGCAAGAUAUUGUUUACAAACUUGUGCCAGGCCUCCAAGAAGCGGAAAUGAAAAAGCAAAGGGAGUUUUAUCACAAACUGGGCAUGGAAGUUCCAGGGGACAUCAAAGGGGAGACAUGUUCUACAAAACAGCACCUAGAUUCCCAUCGAAAUGGUGAAACUAAAACGGAUGAAAAUUCAAACAAAGAAACUUCAGAGGAAAAACAGGAAGAAGAUAAUGACUACCACCGAAGUGAUGAACAGGUAAGCAUCUGCUUGGAAUGCAAUAGCAGCAAAUUGCGUGGAUUGAAGCGAAAAUGGAUUCGUUGCUCGGCACAGGCAACAGUCUUGCAUCUAAAGAAGUUCAUUGCCAAAAAACUUAACCUCUCUUCUUUUAAUGAGCUGGACAUAUUAUGCAAUGAAGAGAUUCUUGGCAAGGACCACACGCUCAAGUUUGUAGUUGUUACUAGAUGGAGAUUUAAGAAAGCACCUCUACUGCUACAUUACAGACCCAAAAUGGACUUGCUGUGAGAGAACUUUAUUGUCCUUCUGGACAGAGUUUUUUGCAGAGACUAUCAUCUGGCACCUUCUUAGUGCACCACUAAUCACAUGACACAAACCAGCCGAAUAAUUUUGGAUGACUGUAGGGCUUUCAUAGAGGACUGUCCUUCUGAAUAUUUCUUCUAGGGAUGUAUUACCUAGAUUUCUGGGACAGAAAAUAUUUAUACUUUUUUUUGUAUGGAAGAAAAGGCGCAACUCAGCAGGACACUACCAGCACUAAGUUUACGGAUACUGAAAACUCUUCACAGUUCCAUGUAGCUUAGCCUGAUUUAUCUCUUACAAUUACACAGAAAUAAGUUAGAAUGCUGUGGGGUCAUUAAAAAAUGUUGCUUUUGACACCUUUGUAUUUAGUUACUUUUCACAUUCUGAAUCUUUAGAAACUAUAUUUUUGCAAAGUGUUAGUCUUAUAUAGUAUUGCCUGAUUGCAUUGGCUUUAUUCAAGUUAUUCUGCAGAGCAUUGACCAUGCCUGAUGAUACAGUGACUGGUGAUAAUUUAUUAUGCUGCUUUGAAAACUUCUGAAAAUCUGGGAAACCAGUAAUUUUGUCAUUGUUGCCCAGUUAUUGCUCUCCCUCACUUUGUGUUUUAGUAAAGUUUUGAUACUCGUCUAUGCAUGUUGAUUUGGUAAGAUUAAUAGAAAUUAUUUCAGUUUAUUUUAAUGUGCCCUGUUACUUUACUGUGGCAUAAAUUUUAUCACAUAAUAACAAAUACUCAAAAGUGCUAGACUGGUGAACUUUUUAAAAAAUAAACAUUUCUUAUGUAGUUGUGGCUUGCAGAAAUCAGUUUUUAAUUUGGAGAUAAAUUACUCUCACUAGCUAUUGAAACACUGACUCUUGGGCAACUUUGGGUGAUACUGCACAGUUUUAAUUUCACUGAUUUCUCAGAUCAUUAUGGGCAGCUUUAUAUUUCCUUUACCUGUUUUCUUAGGAAACCAUAGCAUUUUCCUUAACACAAUUCCUAGUUGUCUUGGGGUAGAGGUGGCGGGGAGUGUCAGACAAGAUUAUUUUAGCACCUUCUAGCCUUAACCGAUAAUUUUGCUUGCAUCAGUCCUAAUGGAUGCAAGGCAAUACACAUGCAUGUAUGUAUGUGUGCAUACAUCUUACACACUUAUAUCUAUAUAUGAUAAAGAAUGCAUCUUCAGUAGCACCUACCAGGGUUCACUGCACUUUGUAAGGCUUUUUGAGAUAGUUGGCUUUCUAAAAACGGUAGUUGAAAGUGAUUUCUGCAAGCUAUAUGCAGUAUAGCCUAUAUAAUUGUGAGAGUAUUUGGCACAGAUGUCAAGUGACUGAAAACAGGCUAUGCCAUAUCAUUGGCAGCUGGAAAUAGUUAACCUUCUAAUUUUCAGAAGAGUUUUCCAGUCAGCUCAAAAUGCUAGUUGCUAUACCUAUUAUUAAACCCUGUUAUUUUUUUGAUAAAUUGUUUUUGAGUAAGAAAAUUUUGGAUAAAAAUGUUUGCCUGUAACUGCCGUUCCUCUAGCUGUGCUCUUUCACCUCUCAUGCUAGAAAGUAUUAGUUGUUAUUCCAUAACUAAUACUGCAUAAGCUGAUACUGCAAGAAGUUUAUCCAAGCAUUUUAAAUCAUUGUCCUCUUCUUGAGUUCUCAAAAUACCACAUUCCUCAGCAUGUGUCCCAUAAUUUCCUUCUUUGGAGUCUUCAGUCCUCCUUUCUCAUCUCUGCUGCUGCAGAAGGAAUGCUCCAACUUGUGUUUACCUUUGAAAACAGGGCUCUUCAUUUUUAGUUACAGUCACAGAUGUGAAUGGCAAAACAAAAAGCAUCUGAGCAGAGAAUGAAAGGAGCCUACUGAGCUGUGGAGAUGGAAAGGAGAACCACACAAAGGCCAAAAAGUGCUGCUGUCCUUGCAGAUGAGUGUGUAGGAUAGCUGCAUUUGAGUUAGGCAGAACUCCACAUUUGGGCUGCAUGGCUGGGUUUGUUGGGCGGGGGGUGUGCAUGCAUAUGAACAAUGGAAUUGGAACUUGGCUGUGGUUUUGUCUUACUGUUUGUGGACUCAGAUAUAUGUAUUUUAGCUUUUUUUUUCUGUCUGUAACAUUACUUGAACUGGCAGAAGAGAACAAAUGAGAUCAUGGGUCUACCAGUUUUCUAAUCUUUUCAUGAAACAGUGAAUGAAGGUGGUAUGGAUGUGUACACAAAACUGAUGUAUUUGGCCUUUCUAGAGUUCUUUAUGUGGCUGUCACUGUCCUAGUGUAAAUAAGGGACUGAUUCCAGCUGCUGAGGCACUGAGAAUAUGAAUAGGGCUGUUAGUGUCCACCCUCUCUGCAUCCUGAGCAUACAGACACUGGCUGUACCAGUUGUAGACAUAAAAUUAAGGCUGCUAGGCAGCAUUCUGAUUAACCACCUUAAUCAGGAUAAAUAUAUACACAUAAAAACAAAUACAUGUAUAUAUGUGAGAUCUGUCUACCUCAGAGUGUGUGUGUACUGCAGAAACUUUUUGUAUGACUAGAUGCAGUGCUGUUAAAGUACAUUGAGAUUUUGGUACUUGUGCAACUUGUGUACUUGUGCAACUGAGAAAUUAGUUACAAACACACAAAUUCAGAAGCCUUUUAAAUCUAUCUCUUGCUGUAACAAUCCACAGUACAGAACAUAUAAAUUUAGAAGCAUCUUUAGAAUCACUUGAAUUUGUUAUGGUGCUAUCGAUAUAUUGAAAACUCUGGUUAUACCUAUAUGGAUACAUAAAUUCAAGCCAGUAUUAAUACUUAAAGCUGGGGUUUUUGCUCAUAAUAGUGUGUAACUGCUUUGACAAUGUCUUUAGUCUGAUAAAACCUCACCAGUAAGAAGAAAAAACAACAAAACCAAAACCACUCAGUUAUUUUUCUAAAUCACAUGUCACAACAUCUUUGCUACAGAAACUCUUUCUCUUAGGAGGGAUGUGACUAUGUCUGGACCAUACGUUUAUUUCCUUUAGCCUUAUUAAAAGACUACAAUACAUUUGAAUUGAGGAAGGUCUCCUUUGGGUCAGAGCCUUGUUUCACUUCUGUGAAGCUUAAGAGACAGUGAAUUUAUAUCAAGAUUAUGUUGGGUAAAGUAAUCCUGAUACUGUUCAGAGUUAGACUAAAAUUUGGACUCAGCAUAGGUACUCAGUGCUAGUUGUUACAUGUUAGGUUUUUUGGCUUUUGUGAUGAUGCCAUUACUGUGAAGUAGUUUUCACAAUUGCUUGUGCUGGUAAAUAAUUGCAGUAAAGAAGUAUCUUAUUGCAUUAUACUCAGCAGCAGUGAGACUGAUGAAUCACCCAGGCUCAGAGUCUCGUGAAAUAUAGUUUCAUUAAAAAUAGAGAAUUCAGAUAGAAUAUAUAUAUUGAAUUUAAAUAAGAUUUGGGGUUUUAAAGUUAAACUUUAUGAAAUUAUUUAUUCUAUUUUAAACCUUCUGUCUUAUUUUACCAUCCAAGUAUUUUUGGUUUCAGUGAUCCAGCUUUAUAUACGGGCAUAUAAAAUGAAAUUGUAAGAUGUUUUUACAAGCUUCUUCCUUUUACAUUAAGUUUUAUUUGUAUGUUUUUGUUUUGUAUGGAUAAAGAGCAUUACUUGUGCUUUUGUGCAAUAGGUUUGAAACAUGCAUUUUAUUAGGCAUAUGUUUAAAUUGUAAAUGUAGCAUCUACUUACUAUUAAAUUUAAAAGGAAUGUAGAUGGUUUUUCUCACUUGUUCAAGUGGGGUUUUGUUUGGGACUAUUUGAGGGGACUGAUUUUUUAUUUCCUUUUAUUUUAAGAGUGAAGUGUGGGAUUUAAAUUUGUUUAAGUACAAGAACUAUCUGUCAGCAAUAUUUUAAAAUAAAAGAUCUUGCAAGAAACCUUAAUGUGAAUUGUAGAAGCAAUUGGCAAGACUUGCAGCCUAUCCGAAAAAUUCUUGUGCCAUAGUUAUGUCUGGUGUAUUGGUGUACCAUCAGACCUGGGAAUAUUUAUUUUUAUUCGUUGUGCAAUAGUAUACACAUCACCUCUGGGGAUAUGGGACCAUAAAAAAUAUCAGACUACAACUAUGAUGGUGCUAUUUUUUUUCCAAUAGGCUAUGAGCAGAUCUGGUUCUUACUGUCUUUAUAACAUCAUAGGUAGUCCUAGUAGAUUGAGUUUUUUCUACUGGAUGAUAAAUAUAACUAGCCUAUUUUACAGCGUUAUGCAUCUUGCCAUUGAGCUAAAUAUAAUAGGAAAAAGCCAACCAGUCUGAAAAUCAGCAAGAUGAAUUAAGUACUUAAAAUAAGUACUUGUACAGAAGGCUUGACUGUACAGAAAAAUCAAGUUGCUGUAUUUCCUCAGGUAAUCAUUUCAGUUUAGAUGUUUCACUGGAAAUGUUAAUGCAACCUACAUUUCAGUUAGUCUGCCUACAGUUGAUAACAAGGCAAAAAAAUUUUCCAUGUACUAGAAUCUCUACAUAAGAUAUGAUUAAGUGUAACUAAGAUCUUGAGAUCUGUUGCUGAAAUAAAAAGUUGCAGAGAGAACAACAUUAAGGAACAUGGACAAUGCUUCAAUCUCUGCUUUAAUCCAAAUUUGCAGUCAAUACAGAUGCUUGCUGGGAACUUGUGUCUUGUGGCAAGUCAACAGUAACAUUUUACUGUGGAGUUAUGCUUUAUUUAUAUGCAAAUUAAAGCUCUGGUUCUGCUAUUUGAUCCAUUUUGAUCAUCCUUAGGGCUUUUAGGAAAUCUUUCAGAGCCACAGUGACCUGGCCAGAUACUAGUGGUAGGGUAGGAACUAAAUGUCCAAUUCUAUGAACAUUUAUAUUGGUAACUUUACUAAUAAUCUGAAUGGUUCCACUCAUGCAAACAGUUAGGUGUGGCUGAAGGAAGAAGCCCUAAUUUUUUAAUACUGAUAUUCCAGUAUUUUUUUAUUUUCACUUGAAACUCAAAGUAUUUGUUUAAUGGAAUCUUGAAUUCAAGUGACUUAUCUGGACAAAGGGAGAGUUUGUUCUUUCCUUCUGCAACAAGAUUAUUUUACAGUUAAGGAACAAUAAGCCAGUACAACCACUAAGCCCUUAUCGUUAUAUGUGGCAUAAUAAAGAUUCUGGAACUGUCACAGUAUAAAACCAUAUUUUUGGCUUAGCUUCAUUUGAAAGUUUACAAUUUUUUAUGCUUUGCAUUGCUGUGUAAGUUUUGUACUAUUGGUGGCCAGUUUUGUCUGAAUAAGCCUUUUGGGAUUAUUGCUUAAUGUUUUGAUUUUAUGGUAGUGAAGCUUGUAUCCAGUGUUUUGCCAAUUAAUAUUAUAUGCUUGGUAAUAAAAGCAGAGAAACUAACUGAAA